AUGACACUGAUCAAAAUUUCAUUUACCCGCGAAAUACGUGCGUCAAAAUUUGAACUCGUACAAGUAAAACGUUCUAAUUCUAUGUUCUAGUUCAACUAAUGUUUAAAUUUUAAUUGAAAGCUCUUUAGACAGCAAUAUAAAUUGAAAAAGUAUUCCCUUUAAACUACGAAAUAAAGCAUUCUCAAUACUAAUUGUGUUUGAACGUAAAGCAAACACAAACAAUGGUCAAACUGAGUUUUCUUACUUCCUAAACGAACACAAAAAACUUGCCGAUUUUUGUGUUAUUCGCCGCAGCAAUCAUUCUGGAAUAAAGUAAAUAUUGGUUAAAGAAGCACUCCAAAUAAUUGCUGUUGCUCGGUGGUGUUCAGAGAUCGGGGAAAAUGAGAAAGCUGUGGCCGAGCGAAACGUAUAAAACGAUGUUAACUCGACCUCUCUCUUCAGUUCGACUAAUAUCUAAACUGUCAACAACAACGAGCAGACCGGAGAUGAAUAAUUCGAUAGUAACAUUGCUUCUGUUGUGCGGCGUUUAUGGUGUUUCGGCGGGUCGUCGUUACAUCGCCAUACCAAUCGAUGGACUCGACGUGAUCGAACUAAGCCCAGUAACAUUACCUGUACCCAGAAUCACUCGACAAACCGAGGCAUAUGUACCCGUAGAAGUUCCUAGUGUUUCUCAGGAAGAGUUGAAGAAUCCUCGAGCGGAAAGGUCCGCCGCUCAUAUCCUAGAUUACGUGGAUUUCGGUGGACAAACCAAUUCCAAUGGAGCUUUCAGUUGGUACGCUGAUUAUCCAGCUCAUCAUUGAUGAAUCCAAUGAAUAUCAGAUUAUGGAUAUUAGGAACGAUCCAUUAAUUCCAAUUUUGAAGAUUAAGAAAUGUUAUACGUAUUCUGAAUUGUUUGAUCGUUGAAAUGUUGGUCAAGGAUUGUUAAUUAAAAUGAUUAAUACGUUAAUUGCCAUAUUUAAAAAUGACUGCAAAUUUUGGCAGAUUUCCGAUAUUCAAAUUUUCUAUAUAUAUUUCAAUAAAUAAAAAAUGUUCAGCUAGCUU